UCCGACGGUCCCUGAAUGCAGCACCAUUGGCAGCUCUCGUGUUCGCGCGAGUUGUCUCAGAAUAGUCUUCAAAGCGAGCAGCUGAAAAUGCCUGUAGAUCUGAGCCAGUGGACCGGAUCUCUUGCCCUGCAGGAGGUCGAGGAAAAGCCUGCAAAGCCCCUGACGGUGAAAUACGGCUCUGUGGAAAUCGAUGAGCUGGGAAAAGUGCUUACUCCAACACAGGUGCAGAAUCGACCCACCUGCAUCGAAUGGGAGGGAUGUGACGCUACCAAACUGUACACUUUGGCCCUGACCGACCCAGACGCUCCCAGCAGGAAGGACCCGAAAUUCAGGGAGUGGCACCACUUUCUGGUGGUCAACAUGAAGGGCAAUGAUGUGUCCUCUGGCUGCGUGAAGUCGGACUAUGUCGGCUCCGGCCCUCCCAAGGGCACAGGUCUCCACAGGUAUGUGUGGCUUGUGUUCGAGCAGCCAGGCACCUUGUCCUGCAGCGAGCCCGACCUCACCAACCGCUCCGGAGACAGCCGCGGGAAGUUCAAGAUCCAGAGCUUUAGGAAGAAAUACAACCUGGGAGCCCCGGUGGCGGGAACCUGCUACCAGGCUGAGUGGGAUAAUUAUGUCCCAAAACUCUACGAGCAGCUGUCUGGAAAAUAAAAAAAGAGGACUCAAUAGAACAGGAAAGUAGGGCUGCAACUAAUGAUUACGUUAAUCUACUCAUAUGUGCCCCACAAAACGCCACUCGAUUGCUGUCCAUCUUGGGUUGAAAUGCCCGCUUCUGUUAUCACUUCCGGGUCAGCCUCGGAGUUAGUACCUACCCUUUCUGGUUGAUUUUGCCACUUGUAAACGUGUUUCUCAUAUUGUUAAUUUGUUUUCUAAAAUGUAAUUUUGUUUCUGAAAUGUAAAUUUGUUUUGCAACUUGUGAAAGUGUUUCAGAUUAUGUAAAUCUGGUUUGCAUCUCCAGGCCACCCGGCCUCAUGACAUCCUGACAGAGAGACUAGAAAUGAAAGACUAGUGUUAGAAGAUUAUUCUAGGAUAGUUCCCUCGUUUCUGUCUGGUUAGAAGUAGGAUAAAACAAUCUCUUAAUAGCUUAAUAAAGGUUAUGGUGGUUAUUAAUCUACCUAAAUUAAAGGAUACAAUGUG